UUAAAAGACGUAGAAGGUUGACGGAGGAUGAAACUUUGAAAUUAAAUAAAAUCUUUGAAACAAUCCAAAAACCUGAUUCAAAUCUACGUACACAAUUGGCAAAACAACUUAAUAUGUCUUCGAGAGCAAUUCAAGUUUGGUUUCAGAAUCGUAGAGCUAAACUUAAACGUGAUGCAAUGGAAUUAAAAAGUGCAGCGGACAGUAAUAGAAAUUUUAAACCUAAAAAAUUAACCUUGGCUGUCGAUUAUUGUAAAGAAAAUCAUCUAAAUAGUGUUGAUAUAGUAAAUAAUAUCAUUAGAAGUAGCAACAAUAUCAAUAGUAUUAAUACGGGCGAUAAUAUUAAUGAUAAUCAUAGUAACGAAAAAAUUUCAAUACCUCAUGGUACUUUGGAUCUUACAACAGCAACUGCCACUACCAAUAAUAGUAUUAACAACUAUUUCAAUAAUAUCACAAAUACAAAUGAAUUUUCAUCUUCUAUUAUCGAUAUUGACAUUGAUAAUAAUGAUCAUCAAAGUUUACCAUUAAUGACAACAAAUUGUCUUCCUUCUCCUACGACAACAAUUUGGCCACCUAGUACAAGCGCAAUCACUAACACAAUCACCACGACCGACAAUUCAUCAUCAUUAUUUGACGAUAUUGAAAAGCAACAACAACAAAAUAUUAGUAAUUCAUCGCUUAACCAUGAUAAUAAUAAUUCUCGAUCUCAAUCUCCCUCGUUCAACGAAUUUGAUUCUUCCUUUAAAUUUAAUAAUCAUGAUUCUUAUAAUUCACAUUACGAUUUCAAUAUUAAUGCACUACAAAAUCUUGGUUCUAAUAUUAUUGCUACAACUACAACAACUUCUGUUUUAACCGAUCCUCUUUUAAAAUCUUUAAUGGGUCGUGUUAUUCGCUCACAAAGAAAAGGACCAGGAGGUAUUUUCAAAUCUCAUACUAGACUUCGCAAAGGAGCUGCAAAGUUAAGAUCGUUAGAUUAUGCUGAACGUAAUGGAUACAUUAGAGGCAUAGUAAAAGAAAUUAUUCAUGAUCCAGGUCGUGGUGCACCUCUUGCAAAAGUUCAAUUUCGUGAUCCAUACCGGUAUAAACUUCGAUUACAAACUUUUAUUGCAACUGAAGGAUUACAUACAGGUCAAUUUAUAUAUUGUGGUAAAAAAGCAUCAUUAACAGUUGGCAAUGUGUUACCAUUGAAUUCAAUGCCAGAAGGUACAAUUAUAAGCAAUGUUGAAGAAAAAAUUGGAGAUCGUGGUGCAUUGGCUAGAACAUCAGGGAAUUAUGCCACAAUUAUUGGUCAUAAUCAUGAUGAAGGCAAAACUCGUAUCAAGUUGCCAUCAGGAGCAAAAAAAGUGGUGAACUCAUCUGCUCGUGCAACCAUCGGUAUUGUAGCAGGUGGAGGACGUAUUGAUAAACCAAUGCUUAAAGCCGGUCGAGCCUUCCAUAAAUAUAGAGUUAAGAGAAAUAGUUGGCCUAAAACUCGUGGUGUUGCUAUGAAUCCUGUUGACCAUCCUCAUGGUGGUGGUAAUCAUCAACAUAUUGGACACGCCUCUACUGUCUCUAGAGAAAGUGUUCCUGGUCAAAAGGUUGGUUUGAUUGCAGCCAGAAGAAGUGGUUUGCUUCGUGGUACAAAUAGAGUUAAGGUAAUAGGCCGUAUUCACGAAUUGAGUUGGGCUGACGAUCAUAACCCGCAUUCACAGAUUAAUGGAGUUGUGUUCACCGUUCCAGUAUUAUUUAAUGAUCGUGGCGAAUUAUGUGAUUAUUUAGAUUUGUUGUGGACAUUCAAAAUUAAACUACAAGAAACUAAUGAAAAAAUCGAUCAACUUCGGUUAGACCAUAUUUCCAAUAAGUUCAACCCAUCAUCUAUGAAACUGACAGAUUUAAUACCAAUCCAACCGCAUAUACCACAAAAAGACAAAGACAAAAAAGGCGUUGGAGCCACAAGACCGACUAGCUUACCACAUGGAACUAAAAAUACAGACCAUGAUAGAGACCAAGCUAGAGAAUGUAAAAAAUCUGUAGUGGAUGUUGAAUAUCGUACCAAACGUUUUAUAGUAAAAAUUUAUUAUGGUGUGAAAAAUGAGAGCAAUAAUAAUAUUGGAUGUAAGGAGUUGGUUAGAAUUGAUGAAAUUAAUCCAGACACAAGAAUUACAG